AUGAUAGAGCUCAUCGUGACCUCGCCAGAUGGAGCACAAGGUGCAACGAUAGACUGGGAAGCGGCGUUCAGAAACUGCCCUAUACGUCCAGAGGAUUGGAGAUACGGAGUAGUCGAAUGGAACGGGAAAUUCUGGAUCGACAAGGCGGCAAAGUUUGGCGCAAAAUCAUCCGUUGGCAUAUUCGAACUACCGAACAGAGCGUUCGUAGAAAUCUGCACACGGAAAGAGCUCGGAACGAUCAUAUACUGGGUAGACGACCUGAUGAUCCGACGACUUCCAGUACGGAGAGACGGGGAGGAAUGGAUAUAUGGAAUGGGAAUAGCGAAAAUAUUGGAGCUUGGGGAGGAGCUGGGAAUCCCCUUUCCGCCGGACAAGGUGCGCGACUUCGCCAACAUCACGACGUACGUCGGCUGUGACUGGCAUUGGCAAGAACGUGCAGUCAGUGUCAGCGAGUCAAAGCGGAAGAAGAACCUAGCACUGGUACAGGAGGUGUUGGAAGAAGGAAGGAAGACGUCCGGGGAAAGGCUGCAGUCAUUAUGCGGGAAGCUGGCGCACCUAGGAAUGAUAAUUCCUGAAGGACGAACGCACACGAGAGCUUUAUGGGCGACGGUAGCGAAAAUGGGCCUACCGAACCAGCACUCGAAGUAUAUCAAGUGGAACAUGCCGGAGAAGGCGAAGUGCGACCUCAGAUGGUGGAAGGAAACGCUCGAGAAGCCGGAGAUAAAGAUUCAGCUAUGUACACAACGCGAACCAAACUGCAAGUACCGGAUCUACACAGACGCGUCGACGGGAUGGGGACUGGGCGUCGUGAUCGAUGAUGAAUACGACAAAUUCAGGUUGGAAAGUGACUGGAGAACGAGGGAGGGCGAUGGCGCAGAACGAGAGAUUGGAUGGGCAGAAUUUGCGGCGGUCGAGCUAGCAGUCGAGUUCAUACUGCAACGGCCAGAAGCGGAAAGGACGCACAUAGAGAUUUGCACAGAUAACCAGGGCGUAAUUGGCGGCUGGAAGAAGCGGUUAUCGAGAAACGAGGCGCAAAACGAGGUUCUCGGGCGAAUUCUACGCCGGCUAGUGCGAGCAGAGGCAUACCUGACACUGACAUAUGUGCGGUCGGAAGAAAACCCAGCCGACGGGCCAUCGAGGGGGCUAGAGCCGCCCGGAUACACUCAGAGGAAGCUGGGGAGAUUCCCAAGGUCAUUGGUCGGUUAUGUACGAAGAGCCUAG